UGUUUUUUUUUUCCUUACUCAUUUGUGUCCUCUGUUUUAUUUCUCUGUUUUCCCCUGUCAUGGCACCACCAAAUGAUCCAAUUAACUCAAUUCUCAAUGUAAUGAAAACUCAUAAAGAGGACAACUUUUUUGAAUUAUCUAAUGGAAAACUCUUUGUUAAGAAAGUUCCAUUACUCUUUGAAGUUCCAAGCAAUGUUAGUUUCUCAAGCUUUUCAUCAAUUUGCCAAACAUCCAGUGCUCCACUUCCCCUGUUCCAUCGCGCUCAUUCAACGUCUUCCAAAGGCGGAUUCUUGGGAUUCAACAAAGAUGAUCCAUCUCAUCACUUGAUGAAUUCCUUGGGGAAAUUCACUUGCAGAAAUUUCCUCAGCAUUUUCAGGUUCAAGACUUGGUGGUCUACACAAUGGGUAGGAAAUUCUGGUUCUGAUUUGCAAAUGGAAACUCAAUGGGUACUCUUAGAUGUCCCUGAGAUAAAAUCUUAUGUGAUUAUUAUACCAAUAAUUGAAGGGAAAUUCAGGUCUGCACUUCACCCUGGCAUAGAUGGUCAUGUUCUUAUUUGUGCUGAGAGUGGUUCUAGCCAAGUGAAAGCAUCAUCCUUUGGCGCUAUCGCGUAUGUUCAUGUGUCUGAUAAUCCUUACACCCUGAUGAAAGAAGCUUAUACUUCUCUUAGAGUUUAUCUAAAUACCUUUAAGCUCUUGGAAGAGAAAUCAGUUCCAUCCCUUGUGGAUAAAUUUGGUUGGUGUACUUGGGAUGCUUUUUACUUAACUGUUGAACCUACAGGGGUUUGGCAUGGAGUGAAAGAGUUUUCCCAAGGUGGGGUAUCGCCGCGAUUCCUUAUUAUUGAUGAUGGUUGGCAAAGUAUCAAUUUUGAUCAUCAAGAACCUCAUGAGGAUGCGAAAAAUUUGGUUCUUGGUGGAACUCAAAUGACUGCCAGGCUUCAUAGGCUUGAUGAAGGUGAGAAAUUCAGGAAGUACAAAGGUGGAGCCUUGUUAGGACCAAAUCCUCCACUUUUUGACCUCAAUAAGCCAAAGAUACUAAUCUCUAAGGCAAUUGAGAUUGAGCAUGCAGAAAAGGCUCGCGACAAGGCGAUUCAGUCUGGAGUUACUGACCUGUCAUUGUUUGAAAUAAAGAUUGAGAAACUGAAGAAGGAGUUGGAUGAAAUGUUUGGUGGGGACCAAGAAAACUCUCUUCAGCUCAUGUGCAAGGAUGGUGAAGAAUUGGAAUUUAACUCCGAGGACUCGGGGAUGAAAGCGUUUACCAGGGAUUUGAGAACACAUUUCAAAGGCCUGGAUGAUAUUUAUGUAUGGCAUGCCUUGUGUGGUGCUUGGGGUGGUGUAAGGCCUGGAACUACCCACCUGAAUUCCAAGAUCAUCGCGUGUAAACUUUCUCAGGGCCUUGAUGGGACAAUGGAUGAUCUUGCAGUGAUCAAAAUAGUAGAAGGUGGCAUUGGACUUGUUCAUCCUGAUCAAGCUGAUGAUUUUUAUGAUUCAAUGCAUUCUUACCUCUCUGAAGUGGGAAUUACAGGAGUUAAAGUCGACGUUAUCCAUACACUAGAAUAUGUUAGCGAGGAAUAUGGUGGUCGAGUUGAGCUUGCAAAGAAAUAUUACGAUCGGCUAUCGAAAUCCCUAGCAAAGAACUUCAAUGGUACUGGACUCAUAUCCAGUAUGCAACAAUGUAAUGACUUCUUCCUCCUAGGAACAAAACAAAUCUCUAUUGGAAGAGUUGGGGAUGAUUUUUGGUUCCAAGAUCCAAAUGGUGACCCGAAUGGAGUGUACUGGCUACAGGGUGUUCAUAUGAUUCAUUGUGCCUACAACAGUAUGUGGAUGGGUCAGAUUAUUCAACCAGACUGGGACAUGUUCCAAUCUGAUCAUGUCUGUGCUAAGUUCCAUGCUGGCUCCAGGGCUAUCUGUGGAGGACCUGUUUAUGUCAGUGACUCCUUGGGUGGCCAUGAUUUCGAUCUUUUAACGAAGCUAGUUUACCCUGAUGGCACCAUUCCCAAGUGCCAAUAUUUUGCACUCCCUACUAGAGACUGCAUCUUCAAGAAUCCACUCUUUGAUGGCAAAACCAUACUCAAGAUUUGGAAUUUCAACAAGUAUGGAGGAGUCAUUGGUGCAUUCAAUUGCCAAGGAGCAGGGUGGGAUCCAAAGGAGAAAAGAAUCAAGGGAUACUCAAAUUGCUACAAGCCAAUGAAAGGAUCAGUCCAUGUGAAUGACAUCGAAUGGGACCAACUUAUCGAAGCAUCUGAAAUGGGCAAAGCAGAGGAAUAUGUUGUAUAUCUCAACCAAGCUGAGAAAUUGUUGUUAACAAAGGCUACAUCAGACACAACUCCAAUGUCCCUUGAACCAUCUACUUUCGAGAUUUUUAGCUUUGUACCGAUAAAACAGCUCAGCCCUAUUGCUAAAUUUGCUCCAAUUGGACUCACUAACAUGUUCAAUAGUGGAGGAGCCAUACAAGGAGUUCAAUAUGAGGAGGCUAAUGGUGAUGGUGCUAAUUAUGUAAGUGCAAAAGUUGAAGUUAAAGGUGGUGGGAGUCUAUUAGCAUACACAAAUGUGUUGCCUAACAAGUGUUACUUGAAUGGUACUGAAGUUGAGUUUGAGUGGUCUUCACAAGAUGGCAAAUUGAUCAUCAAUCUUCCUUGGAUUGAAGAGGACAAUGGCAUUUCUAGUGUAACUUUUAUUUUUUAGUGCAUUAGUCUUUGGAUAUGGCCAAUAUGUUGCUUAAUUAAGGAUGUUUGACAAUAUAAAAGAACUAAAGAUAAUUGUAAAUUUGUCAAGUUGUCAUGUUUAGUGGUAUAAAAAAUAUGUUUGC